AUAAAUAUAUUUAUAUACAUAGAUUUCCGCUUAAAUGGUGCAUAAGUCAUGGAAUUUGCCCACUCAGCGAAACCAGGAAUCCAGCUGCCGCCUCUGGGGCUCGGCGAGGCUCACCUACACGCUCUGCGCCUUCAUCGCCAAUGCCCUGCACAUGGGCAUGCGCAAUAUGCUGGGUCUCAUCAUUCUGCGCAUGGUUCAGGCACAGCCCAAGGAUGCACUGCAGGCCCCCAGCUUGGCUAACAUUACGUUAAGCCCGAUCUGCGGCAGCACUGGAAGCAUAGGGCAGACGCACAGCUUGGAUGUGGUUCAAGCAAGUUUUCUGGCUCCCAAAUUGAUAUAUCUCUCUCACUCACUCUUUCUAUAUCACUCUCUCUCUCUCUGUCUCGCUUAUUUUAUCCACCUACUAUCUGUCGCUCUCUCUCUCUUUCGCUCUUUCGCAUCCUCACUCUGUCUCCCGCUCUCUCUACAGUCAGGUGAUCUCCAAUGGACUCGCAGCCAAGCUCUGGCAUUUCCAGGCAUCUUCUACUAUGGCUAUGUCGUUGCCUUACCUUUGGCUGGGCGCCUGACAGACCGUUUCGGAGGCAAGCAACUGUUUAUCAAUUCGUUAACCUUGCAGGCUGUCGCAUACCUGUUACUGCCCUCAUUAGCGUAUUAUAGUUAUGCGGCUGCAGUCACCGCUUUAGUAUUUGCUGGCAUUUUUGCGGGUUGUGGCACGCCAACUCUUUAUCAGCUAUUUGUGACUUGGGCACAUCCCACGGAACGCACAUCGAUGCUGUCCUUUGCUUACAGCGGCUUGAUCGUCGGCUCAAUUAGCAUCUAUCCGCUGGCCAACUAUCUCAGCGAGUUUGGCUGGCGUGUGCCGUUCUAUGUGAUCGGCAGUGUCUCCCUCUUAUAUGGCAUCAGUUGCAAUUGGCUUAUCUACAAUAGUCUGGAUCAGCAUCCGCGUCUCUCGCAAGCUGAGCGUGAGUAUUUGCUAGAAUGUGCUCAAACACCACAGCAUUUGCGAAUACCUUGGCGCUCGCUGCUGACCUCGGUGCCCGUCUAUGCUUUUGUGCUUACCCAUGUCUUUCACAAUUACACCUUCCUCAUAUUUUCGCUACUAAUGCCGCGUUUUAUGAGCGAGGCUAUGCAGUUCAAUAUGAAAGAGAUUGGCUUCUUAUCGUCGGCCCCAUUUCUGGGCUCGCUGCUCUCCAAGUUUAUUUGUGUUUUCACUUGCUCCUAUUUAGAGCGCCGUCUGUUUGCCGAACGCAGUUAUCCACGUCGAGUUUUGUAUGCCAUCUGCACCAGUGCAACUAUGAUUUUGAUAACGCUCAUCAUUCUGGCCGACUGUGAGCAUAGGAAAUUUGUUCUGUUUAUCUUUGUGAUACUGGGCGCUACCACAGAUUUGGGCUUUAGCGGCGGCUAUUGGCCAACUUUAUUGUACUUUGCGCCGUCGUUUGCUGGCAUGAUUUCUGGCCUGGCCAACAGUAUUGCACACAUAUCGGGCUUUCUGUCUUCCCAUGUCGUAGACAAAUUAGUUAAAACCGGCAACAAGUCGGAAUGGAAUUCCGUUUUGCUGACGCUAAUUCUUUUCAAUGCUUUGGCCAUAAUUGUAUUUGGGUUUUUCAGCAGUUCAAGUCUUCAGCCAUGGGAUCCACGUAGCCAAAAGUCAACAGUCGAAGCAAAGCCCCCAAAUUACACAAAAGAAACGACUAACUAACAAAGUGCUGGCACAUAACUGAUAAUUUGUUGUACAUAUUUAUUAAAACCGUCCAAAGUCUUCUAUUUCUGUAUUAUAUAUUUAGU